UGGAAGGGGGUGGGUUUGCGGAGGCGCCUCGGUGGUGGCGGGGGCGGCCUGCGAAGGUGUCAUGGCAGCAGCCACCGAGCUUAGUCGCCCGGUCAUCGGUGACAGGAGCGUGGAAAUGAGCGGCAGCCCUAGCCCCUCCCAAGAGGUGCUCUGUGAAGUCUUUCGUUCCUGGCAGACCCUGGCGGGACAACUUAACCUCAGAGAUGAUGUGGUGAAAAUUACAAUCGAUUGGAACAAGCUUCAGAGUCUCUCGGCAUUGCAGCCUGCUUUGCUCUUUAGUGCACUUGAACAACACGUUUUGUAUUUACAGCCCUUUUUAGCAAAACUUCAGCCUCUGAUUAAAGAGGAAGAUAUAACUGUUGUUGAAGAGAAAGGAAAAGCAGAAACAGGGAACAAGGAUGAAGUCAAUGCCAGAUUUCCCAUUGAUGGCCUCCAAGAGGAAGAAAAGCACAAAGAUUGUGAUUUAGGAGAUGUGAAAAAAACGCAGAUUCAUUUUGAUCCAGAAGUAGUCCAAAUAAAGGCUGGAAAAGCAGAAAUUGACAGACGAAUAUCUGCAUUUAUUGAAAGAAAACAAGCUGAAAUCAAUGAAAAUAACGUCAGGGAAUUUUGCAAUGUUAUUGAUUGUAACCAAGAAAAUAGCUGUGCAAGGACUGAUGCUGUUUUUACCCCUUACCCUGGAUUUAAAAGUCAUGUGAAAGUUUCUAGAGUUGUGAAUACAUAUGGACCCCAGACUAGACCUGAGGGAGCUCAAGGGCCAGGUCACAAACCUAAUAGCCUGCUCCGGGACUGUGGCAAUCAGGCGGUGGAAGAACGGCUACAGAACAUUGAAGCUCACUUGAGGUUGCAGACAGGUGGUCCAGUGCCAAGGGACAUAUAUCAGAGAAUUAAAAAACUUGAGGAUAAAAUACUUGAAUUGGAAGGUAUCUCUCCUGAAUAUUUUCAGUCUGUGAACUUUUCUGGAAAAAGAAGAAAAGUUCAGCCACCACAGCAGAACUAUUCACUGGCUGAACUUGAUGAGAAAAUUAGUGCCCUCAAACAAGCCCUGCUCAGAAAAUCAAGAGAAACAGACUCCAUGGCAACUCACCACCUUCCAUGAGAAGCGACUCCACCUGUCACAUUCCUUGCUUAUGUGUGUAGCACAUGUAGUGCGGGUCAGUGAAUGGCCGCGUCUUUACUCGUGUAGGCGUCUUUUUCUGAAGUCGAGUUAUUUUCAUAUGAGUCCAGCGGUAAUCUUCACGUAUCCCAGUGCAUUUUGAACUAAUGCAUUUUUAAAACCGCAUUUUCAGAACGUACUCCCUUCUGUUUUAAAGGAGGUAUUUUGGAAAUUGAAAAAUGUGGUAUGAAAGUUUGUCUUUUUGUGAAAGUUCAAAAGUUCAUCUUUCCCCAGGAAAAAAAAAAUAACUAAUUUUCAGUAAUGAAAUUCAGAAGAACUUUGUAUUUGUAGUAUCAAUAUUAGUUUAUUAGUGUAAGUCAGUACUUUGUACAUAAUAGUAUUCAGCGGAAAUUUAACUGAAAUAAAUUUUAAAUGACCGCAUACACUUUUUUUUAAAUGUCAAUAACAGUAGAUUCCACCUUUAUCUCUUUGUUGGCUGUGUGAUCUUGGGUAAUGGACUUACCCUGUGGAAUUAAUAUCAUUGUUUAUAAAAUGGGAAUCACAAUAGUAGAAUCUAUCAUUGUGAAAAAAUAGUUAUGAUCAUGUUUGUAUAGUGUUUGAAACUCUGACCCAAGUUUAGUGUUGAGUAAAUACUAGCAACUGUUACAUAGAAUGCAUCUGUUUUGGGAAAAUAGUAAAGAUUUUACAAAUUAUACUCCUUUCUCUUGAGAGUCUCACCUUUUUUUGAUGACCCAGUUAUACUAGGGAGUACACUUGUUGCAAUAGUUCCAAAUUAAACAUUGACAUAUGUGGCCACAGUUAAGGAGUAUAUGAAUUGUUGGUUGCAAGAAUAAAAAAUCCAUCUGCAAAAGCUUGCAAAAAAUGGAGUUGGUAAAAAGAAUCAGAAAUCUGUGAUUUAAUUGAAUGCGAUACAGCUGAGCAUUGUGUACUCUAGGAAGUACCAGUAGUUUAUCAUUUUCUCUCUGUACUUGCUUCUCGGGCUGGAGCGAUAGCACAGCGGUUGGGCAUUUGCCUUUCACGAGGCCAACCCGUGUUCGAUUCCUCCGCCCCUCUUGGAGAGCCUGGCAAGCUACCCGUGGCGUAUUGGAUAUGCCAAAAACAGUAACAGUAAGUCUCUCAAUGAGAGACGUUACUGGUGCCCGCUCGAACAAAUCGAUGAGCAACGGGAUGACAGUGACAGUGACAGUGACUUGCUUCUCUCUCUGGUUCUUUCUCAGUCUAGUUGUCUCCAUCCACUUGACUCCUUGUUUUCUGUACUCCUCCCUUCUACUCUUUCUGUGUCUUCCUCUUUCUUAUAUUUUUCUAUCUAGUCAUCUGUGCAUCUGCUUUAUGUUCUGUGGACCAACUUCUCUGAAGGCUGCUUAUUUUUGCUUCUCCUCAUGGGGUGACACAUUAACCCCAUUUCUGUAGCCUUGGCUUGUUAAAGAAAACUCUGAAUUCAGCUUUGUAGAACUUCAUUGAUCACUGUUUAACUGUCUCUCUUACUCAAGUCUUGCUUCAGAGAUGAAAUCUGACUUAGUGUGGUCUGCAGUCUCUAUCAGUUGUGGCCAGGAUUGGGGGGCGGGGUGAGGACCUCUUAAAGGAAGAUGCAGUGAACAUGCAACUUUGCACAAUCACCUUAAGGAAAACUUAGAAAUAUAACUAUUGGGCAGAUAUUUAACUUGGUAGUAGAGUAUGUGUUUGGUAUGUAUGAGGUCCUAGGUUCACUUUCAGAAAAAAAAAAAAUAACAAAAAUGGGAUUACUGGUAAAAACAAAGGCAAGGGCUUUGGAAUUACCAAGAAAAGGAUAUGAACUAAAUUGAUUCCACUAAUGCACUACCACUAUAUUUUUGUUCUACAGUGUGAAAAGUCUUCCAGAGUGUCGCCUGAUGUGAUGUAGUAUUAUUUUUAUUGCUAUAAAUGCCUGCUCCUACAUUGUCUUCUAAUCACUUAAUCACUACCCCGCCAGAAUGACCACCUCUGAAUUUAUUGGCAUGUUUUACUACCUCCAACUAGCAAAAUGAUUGGAAAAGCUCAACAAUAAAAGUAAUAAAUUAGAAAAGGGGAUUGACUAGAGGUGGGAGAGAACCAGAAAACAGGAUUAUAUAGAGGCCACUGGUUUAUCUCUCAAGCUAAGUGUGUUUCUUAGCUCUCGUGGCAGUGAUGUAAGUUUCUAAGUGAUGUCUGACAGUCCUACCAUGUACCCAUAAGGAUUUCCUUUAUCUGUUGUCCUUCAGACCUGUUCUUCUGAAGUACUUUCUAUGGGAGUCCUCUCUCCACUUGACUAAGUGUUGUCUGGUGCCGGCAUUCUUUUUUCCCUUGAGUCACAGUCUACAGAAGAGGCCACGACUCAACAUCAUGUUGGUAUGAGUUAGUGUGUUGGUGUAGAUACUUGAUCAAGAAAGUCUUUGGUAUGGUACUUGGAAUCAUUGUCUUUCCUAAAUAUAUCCUUGAUAUACUUAUCAAGGAUAAUAUAUUUAGGAAUAUAUAUUACUAAACAUAUAUAUAAAACGGUGAUGUCGGGAAUUUUUGGAUAGGGUGUGCUUGCUUUAACCAAUUGACAUUAGUGUCCAUUCCUUUGAGGGCCCUGCCUUCAAGAGAGUGAAAGAGAAACAGUGAUUGAAAAGGGGCUUGAAGGGACAGGAAGCUCUUAGAGUCUGUCUCCAAAACUCCUUCCCCCACCCCUAGCACACACAGUCUACAUUGCAGUUUAGGGAAAUGUUUUCCUAGGGACUGGAAGUUGUCAGGGGGCUCAGCAUUACCUCUUUUUCGGAAGAGGGCUUAAGUUUUUCAAACUUUUGGCUCUUGCUACAAAUCUUCCUUGCAAUUGCUAAACUUGCUUUCCCAAAUACCUGGACCUGAUCUUCAGCAAUCUUGACAGGAAAGAUUUUCUUUUAUGGAAGGUAAUAUAGUGUGCUGCUUCUCCCACCCCUCAUUCUCCACCCCUGUCUGCUUCUAGCCAGACUACCUAGUGCAGAAAACUAUUAAGGGACCAGAGAAUGACUAUAACAGGACUAUUUCCACCCUGUAGCUUGAGUUGUCUGAAGAGGUGCUUGUUCCAGAUGUUUGAAUAUGAGUUGCUGUUAGCUCUGACUUAACUCUGUGCUCCAGUGUCUUUGUUCCUUAUGAAUCAAAGUAUGAGAAAAGAAUUCAUAUUCUCAACUUGGAUCAGUUUUCCACCUCUGCACCAGUUAUCUGUACUUAGAGUGGAAAGGUCUCCAAGAGCAAAACCAGCCAUAUUUUCCCAGGUGCUUCCAAAAGGGAAAGGGUGGGUUGGGGACUCCUAAUUCACAUCUUUGUGAAGUUGCGAACAUUUUACAUGAAAACAAUUUGUGUUGAUUAAACUCUAAUAUCAUCUUGGUCCACUGGACUAAAUUUUGGUUUUGGGUUUCCUUUUUUGAGCUGUUAUAACUAUAAGAAUUAAUAUUUCAUGAUUUUUCAUCUUUCUUAGGUAUUCUUCAGGAGGUAAAAUUCAUUUUCUAAAAAUGGAAUUAAAUUUAUCUUUCAGUUGCCAUAAGUAUUACAAGCUAUAAAUCAUUGACUCAUUACUAAUUAGUUCUUAACUAUGCUUUAAAAAGAUUAAUAAGAAAAUGGAACAAUGGUAGAAUCACCUAGGAUAAUUUAAUAAAGUAAUAAAGAACUUUUCUUCAUUCUUCAGAUCAUUCUUAGUUUUUAUCUAGCAUUGCUGAAGUACAUUACCUUUCAAGAGGUAUUUGUCUUUUUUAAACAUUUCAAUGAAUGUAGUUGAGCAUUUAGAAGUUUUCAUUUGGCCACUGUCACAAGUAGAAGAAAAUUAACAGGAAUUUUCAGAAUUGUUGAAAGAAUCAGAAGUUGAAUGCAAAGAGAGGACAAUACUCACAAUCCUAAUGAUGUUUAAAUUAAUCAUAUAAGAGGUAUCUCAAACAUACGUCUUUUUCAAAUGCUAUUCCAAAAGUCUUUUCAUACUCAAGAAGAAAUGAGUGAACCAUGUGUUUCUAAGGACAACAAAGAAAUACGGUAUUAUCAUACCCACUCAAUAAGAAAGGGCUUCAUUAUACAAUACUUUAUAUGAAGUACAUACACCAUUAAUAUUGCUAUUAAAUGGUAUGAUUGUAGUCUUUCAUCUUUAAUGGUGCUUACCCAUUAAGUUUUACUUGAUAUAUUUCCUAAAUUGAAAAAUGCUAAAAUGUAUAAAAGGGGAGAUUGAAAGGAAAUAAAUGAUGUAGAAAUGAAACACCCAUUGGACUGAUCUUUCUAAUUGGUGCUUAAAAAUCUAAAACUUUAAAUGUUUUAUAGUAAUUGUCAUCCUUCAGUGAAGUCAUAUCAUCAAAGCUUCUUAUGAAGUAUUGCAUUUGGUAAUGCAAAAAAGUAUGAAGUGAAAAUUGUUUAUCAUGCUUAUAUUCUUAUUAAAGCUUCUGAUAAUAUUUAUACUAAUAUACUUCAUUCAUAAAGUCAUUUUAAAUAUUUGUAUAUAUGUACUUAAAGAUUUACUGGACCCAUGUAGUAAUUGUGAUGGUCAUUAAGUUCACUAAUAUCUUUAAAACAUGAAGACCUUUGUUAAAUUUUGUAUGCUUGACAUUCAUUUUUUUAUAGUACAAUUUUUUUUAAGCACCAUAUAUUUAGGAUAUAUAGGAAUCGUACAGCAUCUCAGAAAACUUGCACACAGCCAGUCCUCAUCUGAUCCCCAGCACCCUAGACCAUGUCAGGAGUAAAUCCUAGGCACUGCCAGGUGUGUCCCUCACUGUUCCUCCCUCCUCCCCCAGCACAUGCGCGCGCGCGCACACACACACACACACACACACACACACACACACACACACACACACACACACACACACACACAAGACAUGUUUGGGGGCAAGAUAAUUACUUUUCAGGCAGAAUCCAGAAUCGCUCAGUAGGUACUUCUUCCUCCAAAGGAGAUGUACAGAUUGGUCAAAAUGCAUGUGAAAAAACUGCUCAGUAUCAUUUAUUAGAGAAAUGCACUUUCGAAUCUCUGUGAGAAUGGCCUAUGAAAAGACUAGAAACAAAUGUCAGUAAGAGUGUGGAGAUAAAGGAACUCUCAUGGUAUGUUGGGUGAGAAUGCACAUUAAUGCAGCCUGUAUGGAAAAUGGUAAAAGGGAUUCCUCAAAAAAUUUAAAAUCUACUUUGUCAUCUGGCAGUUUCACUCUUUUUAUUUUUUUGCUUUUUGGGUCACACCCAGCAUUGCACAGGGGUUACUCCUGGCUCAUGCACUCAGGAAUUACUCCUGGCGGUGCUCAGGGGACCAUAUGGGAUGCUGGAAUCGAACCCGGCUUGGCCGCGUGCAAGGCAAGCGCCCUACCCACUGUGCUAUUGCUCCAGCCCCUGGCAGUUUCACUCUUAAAUAACCAAAGAAUAAAAAAUAAAAAUCAAUUGAAAAAGGUACAUGUUCUUUGCCCCCCUGUUCAUUGCAGCACUACUUACAAUAGCAAGAUGUGGAAACAGUGCCAUGGGACGGUGAAUGGGUAAAGACAUGGUGUGUUAAAAAGAUGAACUCUUGCCUUUUAUAGCGACAUAGAUUAACAAGAGGACUAUGCUAAUAAGGCUAAAGGAAAAAGACAAAUAAGAUUUUACUUGUGGAAUAUCAAAAGCAGAACAGGAACAAACAACUAAACCCAAAGAAACCCUUGAACUCCACAGAGCUGAAUUUUUCAGAAGGGGAGCAAAAAAUAAAAGGGGUUCAAUAGACUGAGUGAAGGAUCAGUGGUACUCAGGUGGUAGGCAUGUGGUGGCCUGUAUUUGAAGGGUUGUGAACCUAACCUACGGUACUUCUAAAACCUAGUAAUGUACUGCUAUUACUGCAAAAACUUUUAAAUCUAUAGAGUGUCUGGAAAAAUGCUAUGGAAGGUGAGGCACUUGGCCUGCAUGCAGCCGCUUCAUUCAACUCUGGUUUAAUCCUGAGCACCACUGAGUGGCCCUCAAUUUCUGCCUACACACACACACACACACACACACACACACACACACACACACACACACACACACACACACACACACACACACACACACACACACACACACACACACACACAUAAGAUCACUUUCUAACUCAGGGUACUCAGCUGCUGCUAUGAAUAUGUAAGUUGCUUUCCUUUGGGCUCAUUCCUCUCUCUGAAGAAGCCUGUGUUGACUGUAAGAUACAUUUUAUUUUUUUAAACAAAACUUUUUUUUUCUUUUUUUAAUUUUAUUGUAUCACCUUGAGAUAGUUACAAGCUUUCUUGUUUGGGUUACAAUCUCACAAUGCGGCAAAUACCCAUCCCUCCACCAGUACACAUUCCCCACCACCAAUAUCCCCCGUAUACCCCCCCCUUUCCCACCUUCCCCCUGCCUCCAUGGCAGUAAGAUACUUUGUUAGGUCUGGAGAUGUAGGGAGCCAUUUUACCUUACUGAUCUUAUCCUGUCACUAUUUGUUUAAUCACUAGCUAACCCCAUGCCACACCUAGCAAAGGUUGCCACUCCUAAUCUUACUGAUUUUAUCCUAUCAGCAUUUGUUUAUUACUAGCUAAAUCCCGUGCCACACCCUGCAUUUCUGUUGGGGGUCCUGGUACCACCUCCUCCCAACAGGGAGGUAUAAAAUACUGUAACUGCCAUAGAAUAAAUGCCUUUUCUCCCUC